AUGAUAUGCAAGAACUACAUAGGCUUUGCUUUCCUUUACACUGAUCAACUUCUAAAAUCUUUAACUAAUACUGCAAAUCUAGUUCCCAUAAAGCUUCAUCAUCUUCAACACUAUGCACAUUAUUCUUCCUCACCCUUCCUUCCAGUAUCCCAAAUCAUUGUUGAAGUAAUUCAUGCCAAGAAAAUCAAAGAUGGGUCUGCUCAGAACUCAUCUAUCAGUAACUACAUUUUGAAUCUUUGCACAAAAAGUAACCAUUUAGCCUAUGCACAGAAACUGUUUGAUGAAAUUCCUCAAAGAGAUGUUCGAACGUGGACGAUACUCAUAUCAGGUUUUGCUCAACUUGGGUGUAAUGGAAAUGCAUUAUGGUUGUUUAUUAAGAUGCAAAAAGAGGGUAUUGUUAUUCCUAAUGAGUUCACUUUAUCUAGUGUUUUGAAGUGUUGUUCUAGUGUUAGUAAUGGGCUUAGAUUAGGUAAGUCUAUACAUGGUUGGAUGAUUACUAAUGCAGUUGAUUUGGAUGUUGCUUUGGAAAAUGCUUUCCUUGAUCUUUAUGUCAAAUGUGAGGCUUUGGAUUACGCGAAACGGUUCUUUGAAUUGAUGGUUGAUAAAAAUGUGGUUUCUUGGAAUAUAAUGCUGGCGGGAUAUUCGGGUACGGAAGAUAUGGAGAGAAGUGUGAAGCUAUUUAAAAGGAUGCCUGAAAAGGAUGUUUCGAGUUGGAAUACAAUCAUCGAUGGACUUUUGCAACGUGGGUUUGAACGGGAUGCCCUUAAGCUCCUACGUGAAAUGACCUUAGAUGGGCCCUCUUUUAAUGAGGUUACGUUUUCUAUAUCAUUAGCGUUGAUGUCUUCGCUUAGGAAUCUUGAAUUAGGGAGGCAAAUCCAUGGUAAAGUGAGGAGAUUGUUCAUAUACGAAGACACGCUUGUAAGGGCCUCGUUAAUUGAUAUGUAUUGUAAAUGCGGUCAAAUGGAGAAGGCUUCUAGGAUUUUCCAAGAAUUGCGUCAAGGUAUUGGUGAAGUCCAACAUUCACACUCUGUUCCGUGGAGUACAAUUAUAUCAGGUUAUAUUCACAAUGGCAUGCUGAAAGAUGCUUUAGAAGGUUUUAGCUCCAUGGUACGUGAUCAAUUAGAAGUUGAUGUUUUUACACUGUCAAGCAUUCUUAGUGUUUCUGCAAAUAGUGGACUUCCGGAACUUGGUAGGCAGAUUCAUGGCUAUGUCCAAAAACUUGGACACAUAUGGGACAUAUUUUUGGUUUCAGCAAUUAUUGACAUGUAUGCCAAAUGUGGAAAGUUAGAUUCUGCUCGGUUGUUUUUUGAGCAAACCCAAAUUCGGAAUAUUGUGGUGUGGACUACUAUGAUAAACAGUUACGGUAUACAUGGAAAAGGAGCAGACGCUGUUCAGCUAUUUGAGUUUAUGCUGAAUCAGAGGAUUGCACCGAAUGAAGUAAGUUUCAUUAGUGUUUUAACUGCAUGUGGUCAUGCAGGUUUGGUGAAAGAAGGAUGCAAGUAUUUUAGGUUGAUGAAACAAGUUUCUGGAAUCAAGCCUGGUGUUGAACAUUUCUCUUGUAUGGUUGAUCUUUUUGGCCGAGCAGGUUGUUUAGAGGAAGCUUAUGAUUUCAUUCAUGAGAAUGGCAUCUCUAACAUGUCUGAAGUUUGGAAGGUACUCUUAUCUUCUUGCUUGGUGCACAAAAAUGUAAAGAUGGCGAGACAUGUUUCUGAGAAAUUGCUACAACUUCAGCCUAGUGAACACAGCCCUUACAUCUUGUUGUCAAAUACUUGUUCAGACAAUGAAGAUUGGAAUGAAGCAUCGAAAUUAAGGGGUUUGAUGCAGGAAAGGAAAGUUACGAAACUUCCGGGUCAAUCAUGGACUUAG